AAAGGAUAGAUCAUCAGAGAGAAUCAAUCAACAUGGGAAGAGCUCCUUGCUGUGACAAAGCCAACGUGAAGAAAGGCCCAUGGUCUCCUGAGGAAGAUGCCAAGCUCAAGUCUUAUAUUCACCAGCAUGGUACUGCUGGUAACUGGAUUGCUCUCCCACAAAAGAUAGGGCUUAAGAGAUGUGGAAAGAGCUGCCGUCUCAGAUGGUUAAACUAUCUCCGCCCAGAUAUCAAACAUGGAGGAUUUUCUGAGGAAGAAGACAACAUUAUUUGCAGCCUUUAUAUCAGUAUUGGGAGCAGGUGGUCCAUUAUUGCAGCACAUUUACCAGGAAGAACUGAUAACGAUAUAAAGAACUAUUGGAACACAAGACUGAAAAAGAAGCUUCUUGGUAAGCACCGCCUGCAAUCUGCAGCUCGUCGGAGCACCGCCGGCGCCGGCCCCUCCAUAAACCAAGAUCUGAUCAAGAAAGAGACUACAACCCAACAGAUUAAUCCCUACUGGCCAGAACUGUCUUUGCUAAGAGCACCCUACCCUAUUAAUGAAGAACCCAAAUAUUUCAGCGACGACCAUGAAACAUCAUCAAUCAGAAAAUUUCUUGCGAAGCUUGGAGAAAGUUUCUCUGAUCACGAUCAUCAUGAUUUUGCGGAUAUCACAAAUCUUGAUCAUUACCCACUUCAUGAUUUAUCUACUACUACAUCUACCCAAAAAUUCUACGACCACUACUCCAUGAGUAACAUGACGUCUUCUUCUUCAUCAGCUUCCAUUAAUGGAACUGCUCCUGAACUUGGACACAACCAGUACAGCACUGAUCCUCAUGAUGGGUCUGCUGGUUCUGAAAUCUUGCAACGAGAGUACAAAGGUGUAACCACUAGUAUUGGUUCAGUGCGGACAUUUAAUCAUGGAGAAACUGAUCAGUUCAUCAGUAACACUAUCAUUCGAGUAGAUGAGAUGGAACUUUUACAGGCAGAUGGUCUGGUAAAUGAAAGAUUAAUGUUAAAGGAAGAUGAAAGUAAUUAUGGGUGGGGAGAGAUGAGCUCUCUUUUCAGUACAACUUCUUCCUCUUCAUCAAGCUAUGAAGGAAUGUUACAGCAAGGAGGUUUUGCUUUCAGUGAGUGCUUCAGGUACCCAGAACCGCUAUAGUGUAUAUAUAGUACUGUAAAUGAGUAGAUAUAUACUCUAUGUUUAGGAGUACUAUAUAUAAUUGAUUAAUUGAUAGUUGUGGGAUGUUUAUAAUUAAAACCCUAAUAAAUUUAU